UGACAGAAAACUGAACCGACCACUACGGUUGACGAUACCGUUCCCACAACCUACCGUGCUGACUAGCCAGCUAGCUGCUGACGGGAGGAAAGCAGAACAGAUGAUGUCCAGGAUUCAAAAUAAAAUGUGUUGGAGCCGGGCCCUUCUCACUGGCUGGAUUCUGCUGCUGGUCCAGCUUCUGUGUUCAGAGGCAGUGCCCAUCGGUAUCGAUAAGACAAAAGUCAAAGAGCCGGAGAAAAAAAUUGAAGAGCCUCCAGCUAGUGUGGACACAGGACUCCACUAUGACCGCUACCUCAGGGAAGUCAUCGACUUUCUAGAGAAAGAUCAGCAUUUCAGAGAAAAGCUCCACAAUACAGACAUGGAAGACAUCAAGCAAGGUAAGCUUGCCAAAGAGCUGGACUUUGUCAGCCAUCAUGUCAGGACAAAGCUGGAUGAGUUGAAGAGGCAGGAGGUGAACCGUCUACGAACCCUGAUUAAGGCCAAGCAAGACAUUGAAGGAGGAAAUGAUAUUGCAGUAGACCACCAGGCUCUGCUGAAACAGUUUGAGUACUUGAACCAUAUGAACCCUCAUACCUUUGAAGUGGAUGACCUAGAUCGGCUCAUAAAAUCGGCCACUAAGGAUCUGGAGAACUAUGACAAAGAAAGACAUGAGGAGUUCAAGAGGUACGAAAUGAUGAAAGAGCACGACAGACGGGAACACCUGAAAACACUGGAUGAGGAAGAAAGAAAGAAAGAGGAAGAACACUAUGAGGAAAUGAGGAAGAAGCAUGCUGACCACCCGAAAGUCAACCACCCAGGUAGCCAGAAUCAGCUGAAGGAGGUGUGGGAGGAGGCUGAUGGCUUAGACCCUGAAGAUUUUGACCCUAAGACCUUUUUCAACUUGCAUGAUACCAAUGGAGAUGGCUUCUUUGAUGAACAGGAACUGGAGGCAUUGUUCACCAAAGAGUUGGAAAAAAUCUAUGAUCCCACCAACGAAGAGGAUGAUAUGGUGGAGAUGGAGGAAGAGAGGCUGCGUAUGAGAGAACAUGUUAUGAACGAGGUGGACACUAACAAAGACAGACUGGUCUCUUUAGAUGAGUUCCUGGUUGCUACAAAGAAAAAAGAAUUUUUGGAGCCAGACAGUUGGGAGACCCUGGAGCAGAACCAGGCUUACACAGAUGAGGAGAUGAGGGAGUUUGAGGAGCAUCUUGCACAGCAGGAACAGGACCUCAACCAGAAGGCUGUGGACCUCCAGAAACAGAGAGAUGAGCUGGAGAGACAACAGGAGCAGCUUAAUGCACAGAAAAUAGAGCUGCAACAGGCAGUCGAGCACAUGGAAAGGCUGAAAUCACAGAAAGUAGAACCCCCUCCAGAGGUUCACGUUGAAGGAAACGCUAUCCCAGAGAUGCAUCCAGUGGACAAUCAGUUGCAUCCUGAACAAGAGGCCCAAGCACAAGGGCAUCAACCAGCACCCCAAGCUCCUCAAGAUACACCUCAGGAACACCAUGAACAACAACAACAGCAAGACCUGGCCCAGCAAGGUCUCCCCCAGACACACCAGGAUGUACCACCAGGCCACCAAGAAGUUGCACAGGGCCAGCAUAACCUGCCAUAACAAUUUUGUCAGAACUUGAGCCUCCACUAUCAGACUUUUACAGCACCUCUGCUCCAGUGUGCAGAGGAGCAUUCCCCCUAAGAUUUAGGCCUCUUUAACCAGCAUGACUUAGGGGUUUGGAGGACACUUGAGAUGAAGGCGAGCAGCACAAACUGAAUCUCUGUUGAAUGAUGCCAGUGUUUGAUAAUAGCUGUAAUCUUUGGAUUACAUAACAGAAUUAUGAUACCAACCAAGACAUGCAUCUUAAAAUGUGCAUACUUAGUUUGGUGACAAUACAAAUGCUAACAAAUGUUUGAUAUUACAAUUAUACAGAAAUAUAAUUUGAACUCUCUUGAACUGCUGUUUGCUGUUCAAAAUACAGAACCUCUAAAAUGCUACUGGCUCCACAACCUGAUAGGUUUAAUGCAAGGACCUGUUGGAUAUGUUCAGUGCAGCUGCUAAGGGCGGUAAGAUGUAAAAAUUAAUUUUUAUGUUAUCAUUUUGACUUAAAAUUUCUGACUUGACAAGAUAAAUAUAUCCCCAAACGUCCUGAAAAGAGAUUAGUUUACAUGUGUGGCUUGUGGUGAAAAGCGUUUCACUGGACUUUAUCAAAAAAAAUUUUUUAAAUUGAGUGCAAGAUUAUCUAUUAUUACAAGAGAGCCGCUAUUGCAGUUUCAACCAAUAUACAGAAUUUUGAAGCCCUAAUAAAACCAUUCCACCAAAAAAGGCAAAAUAAGGACUUCUUGAUGCAAACAGGCACAGUAUCAUGUAACCAUAAUGUACUACAAGGGUUCAGAUCUUUGUAGAAGAGGCAUUUCAUUUUCACCUCCAGCUGCCACUGUCACCAGAUUUUACGAUCUUUAGACCAGAAGCACCCUCAUGACUCGAAGUUGCUCACAGUCUUUAUACUUUUGUCAAGAAAUCAUUUUACCAAAACUUUUGCUACUUUCUUAAUGGACAUCGUGGUUGCUGUCAUAAUGUGUCAGAUGUUUACCUGUCUUAAAACAUUGUUUUUUUUGUUAGGUAUAGUCAGAUUUUCUGAGUUUUCUCAGUUGUAGAAAAUGUGUGCUCUGCCUAAAAACAAAUCAGGUACAGGACAUUUCAGAACUGGCCAUUUUUGGGCCACACUUGCAGCUGAACUCUGCUGAUUUUGUUGCUAAAAUAAAUUCUAGGUUCUAUAAAUAAAGACAGAUGUGAAAUCACCCUACAAACAACAAACAUUUCCCCCUAAAUUCUUACAACCUUAAGUCCCGCAGAUGCUUAAAUGGAAGUUUGCAGUUAGUUACAGUGUGGCAGUAAGUUUCUGCAAAUUGUAAUUUCUAAAGAAAUUAUAGUUUGCAAAUUUAAAGAGCAAAUUUGUUUUGUUACGCAUAGCAGUACAAUGGGCAUUUCAAUUUUGGCCUGUUCAAAUUCUGAUAAUUUUAAUUUAUCGUGAUUUUUAUUUAAUAAAACCAUUUCAAUGGUAAGAUCAUUUUAUCAAUUAGGAUAUAGACAUUUAGUCUGGUGCCUUGCAUCAGAUUAUUUUUCUGAAACAACCGCUGGAUGUGUUCUAUUAGCUCAGUUAAUUGAAAGAUUUCAUUUGAAAAAUGGUAAAUCUGAGUAAGAAUUAAAUCAGAUAUUGCCAGUGUCAUAUUAAAAGUGCAGCAGUAUUUUUAAGUCAAAGUCUGUUAUCAUGAGAACCUUUGAGUUUCUUUGCAUUCAGUUCACAUCAAUGUGUUAGGCACCAGAUGUAUAUUACUUGGUCUUUAUUUGAACAACAUGGCAUAUUUUUUCCCAAAAAGAAAGUUUGGAGUAAUUGCUGUGCUUUUUUUCAUGUAAUGUUGUGGUUUCUUUUAGCUGGCAGACUGUAGCGCUGGGGAACAGGUGUUGACUUAUUGCCACUUUUUACUAAAGGCUUUGUUUGCAUCCAGUCGACAGCUCUGCCUUACUGUGGUUUUACUUUAUACAAAAUUUUGACAUGGAAUACAUGCUUUUCUUUUUUUUUCCGAAUGUUUUCUGUGUGCCAAGUGUUCCUUUAAAACAAUACUGCAUCAUAAUUUGCACAAAAUGUACAAGUGGUGUUUCUGAUCGCUUGCUGCUGGAUGAAAUGGUCAUUUGACGAUACUUUACACCUCAGUUCAAGAUAAUAAAACAGAUAUGACCUUUCA